AUGCUGUACAAGCAGUUGGUCGCCGCCGCUUUCUGCGGUGCGGCAGCUAUCGACUCGGCCCUUGCCAGCCCCUUCGAUGGCGGCCGGCUCCUCAGCAAGAGGGAGGUGCCUAGCACCCAUAUCCGUCACGAGAGGCAGAUGCCUCACUGGGCCCGGACUUGGGAGAAGAAGCAGAAGGUCAAGAAGUCUGCUGUACUGCCCAUGAGAAUUGGGUUGCGACAGGCUGAGGCCAAGCUUCAGGAAGGUCGCGACCUUCUGAUGGAGAGGUCAAAUCCUCUGUCCCCGUACUAUGGCCAGCGCAUGACUCCCCGUGAAGUCAUUGACUUCUUCGCACCCCCGAAGGAGAGUGUGGAGGUCGUUAGGGACUGGCUGGUUGCUAGUGGAAUCAACGUCACUCGGAUCUCACAGUCAGUCAACAAGCAGUGGAUCCAAUUCGACGCCACGACCGCGGAAGUCGAGAAUCUCCUUGUUACCGACUACUAUUAUUGGGAGCACAGCCCAACAGGGUCCGAGAAUAUUGCAGCUGAGGAAUAUCACAUUCCGGCCCAUGUGCAGACCCAUAUUGAUUACAUCACCCCGGGAAUCCGUCUUCGUGCCGAUCCAGGUCGUGUUCGCAGUCUCAAACGCCGUGCCGAGGCCGAGCAGUUUGGAAAACGCGCGGUGAAGGCCAUGAACACUGGAAUCGACGUCAUUGGCCCCGAUGCUUCAAGUUUGCCGCCCCUGAACAGCUCCGUGUGCGACUCAUACGUCACACAAGAGUGCAUCCGAACCCAGUACAGUAUCCCUAAGGGCGAUAAGGCUGCCGAAGGUAACGAGCUCGGCGUGUUUGAGUCUCUAGGCGAUCACUACGCCCAGAACGAUCUUGAUGUCUAUUGGUCCACGCUGUAUUCAGAAAUCCCGAAUGGUACCUAUCCCAUCGAGAAGGGCAUUGACGGUGCCUAUGGUGCUGCCAAGACUCUGGAGGCGGCUGGUGUCGAGUCCGACCUGGACUUCGAAGCCGCCCAGCCUCUGAUCUGGCCCCAGAGGACUAUCCUCUUCCAAACAGAUGAUGAGUACUACCAACAAAACGAAACAGCUCAAGACACGCCUUUGAAAGGGUUCUGGAACACUUUCUACGAUGCUUUGGACGGGAGCUACUGCACUUAUAGCGCAUAUGGCGAGACGGGCAACUGCGUUCUCCCGGAGUGCCUCGACCCUGCGUACCCGGAUCCUAACCCAGGUGGCUACACAGGACAGCUCCAAUGCGGCGUCUAUGAGCCCACGAACGUGAUCAGCAUUUCGUACGGCGGAGGCGAAUCUGAUGUCCCCAGCUAUUACACCAAGAGGCAGUGCGACGAGAUUAUGAAGUUGGGUCUGCAGGGAACUACCGUCGUGAUCAGCUCUGGUGACGACGGUGUCGGUUCAUUUGAGGGUGACGGCGGCCCGAACGGCUGCGCUGGACCCGAAGGGAAGGUUUUCUACCCCGCCAGUGAUGCCACCUGCCCCUAUGUUCUUGCAGUUGGAUCCCUGCAGUUGGACAAGGUGUCUGGAAAUUCUUCGACGCCCAAGUAUGUCGAGAGUGCCACAGCCAGAUUCCCCUCUGGUGGCGGCUUCAGCAACUACUUUGAUACGCCCGACUAUCAGAAAGACCAGGUCGCAACUUAUUUCGACACGGUCACGCUGAACUUCACUGGCUACACUGAUCCAGGCACGAACUUCUCAACUGUUGGCGAUGGCGUCUACAAGAUUGGUGGUCGAGGAUAUCCUGACGUGUCAGCUAUCGGGGAUGACUAUGUCGUCCGCGCGCAGGGCUCCUGGGGCCGCGUAGGUGGCACGUCUUUGUCUGCACCAAUCUGGGCAGCCGUCUUGACCAGAGUCAACGAGGAGAGAAUCGCGGCUGGAAAGAGCACCCUCGGUUUCGUGAAUCCGACUCUGUACGCACAUCCUGAGGUCUUCACAGAUGUCACUAACGGGUCCAACCCCAACUGCCAUUCCACUGGUUUCUUAGCUGCUCCCGGCUGGGAUCCUGUCACCGGACUAGGUUCACCCGUAUACCCCAAGCUUCUGGAUCUUCUUUUGAGUGUCUAA